GAGUCUCGCGGCUGAGGCGUGGGGAUGGCGUUCCGCGGGAAGAGACCGGAGCACGGCGGGCCCCCGGAGCUGUUUUAUGACAAGAAUGAAGCCCGGAAAUACGUGCGCAAGUAAGGGGAGCCUAGAUGUUGCGCGGCGUCGGGGUUCGCGGGCCGGCAAGUUACCCUGAUAGCUGGCGCUACUUGGAAAGCACGCAAGAGUUUGGGGUGUUGGGGAAGGAAGGGACCCGGAUUGAUCCUAUUUUUUACGGUGGGAAAGGCAACUUUUGAGUAAGUCUCGGAACCCUCUGGGCCUCGGUGAACUUAGCAUUAAAAUGGAGGUGAAUCGUGCGUACUUUCUCUAGGGGGUUCUCAAAGUUUCAUGUGACAGCUUGUUUGAAGCAUGCGGUAAAAUCGGCAGGGGCGGUGGAUACGUGUAGGGGGGUCAGUGCUGUUGAGGGGGAGGAAGUAGUAUUCCCAGAAUGCGGUGUGCCCCUGUUUGCAUUAUCGUUAAGGUCUUAUGACAAGUGGUGUAGAAUCUGAAUUUCAGGGGGGGAGUUAACUUGUGUUAACCAUAGAGUCAUUUAACAGGUGAAGGCUAGAACAGGGACUUCCAAGCCUGCUCUCUCUGAUAUCACUACUCUAGAGAUAACUGUUCUCCACUUUUCCAUUCAAAUUAGAGUCCAAGACCAAGGCCAGCAGAAAUCUCUGAUCCGGUUGUCAUUAUGUAGCAACAUAAGCUUUUUUCCCAGCUGCAGAAUUCAGUGCGAUUCUUCCUCUUGAUCUUGGGAAAGGCAGAGAACACCAAAGAUCCGUUUUGUUAAGAGGCAGUAUUCUCUUGAAGUAAUGUUUGGUCGGAAUGACUUACUGUGAAGAAAAUGUUAACAUUUUACCUAUUGAAUGUUGAUGAUGUGUUGAAAUGCUAUUUGGAGCAUAUCGGGUUAAGAUAUAUUACCAGGAUUAUUGGGUUGGGUAAACUAUUACAAUUAAUUUUAGCAUUUCAUUUUAAUCAUGGCACUAAGAAAGUCCCACGUGGCUUGCAUUAUAUUUCUCAUGGGUAGCAACUGCUAUGGAUUUUUGUUGUACCUUGUUAAGCUUUAUACAGGAGAGUAACUAUGGUGGGUAAUUUUUCCAGAAAACGCGUUUUUAAGUAAUAAACAUAUCAGAACCACAUGGAGUUGAAAAUAGGCAAUAGUUAGUCGUUAGCUAAGCGAUUUAUUCCCUUCACAUCAGUUUUGCAGCUGGCAAAGUUGUAAUUUGUGUCGCAAAAUAACUUGUUGCUGUAUUACAUGGACUUUGGGGGUCGCUCUUAAAUAGGUGUAGUUGGGUAUGGUGACUGGGACGGUACCUCAGGGUGAUUGUGCCUUGUUCUCUUUCUCUUCUUUUGCUCUGAGCAAUGUUUUAGCCCAGAACUCCUUUAUCACUUGUGUUUUCUGCCUUCCCAGCUCACGGAUGAUUGAUGUCCAGACCAAGAUGGCUGGGCGCGCAUUGGAGCUCCUUUGUCUGCCCGAGGGUCAGCCCUGUUACCUGUUGGAUAUUGGAUGUGGUUCUGGGCUGAGUGGAGAUUAUCUCUCGGAUGAGGGGCAUUAUUGGGUGGGCAUCGACAUCAGCCCUGCCAUGCUGGAUGCGGCCUUGGACCGAGACACUGAGGGAGACUUGCUUCUGGGGGACAUGGGCCAGGGCAUUCCCUUCAAACCAGGCACCUUUGAUGGUUGUAUCAGCAUUUCUGCUGUCCAGUGGCUCUGUAAUGCAAAUAAGAAGUCUGACAUCCCUGCCAAGCGCCUAUACUGCUUUUUUUCUUCUCUUUACUCUGUGCUGGUCCGUGGAGCCCGGGCUGUCCUGCAGCUGUAUCCUGAGAACUCUGAGCAGUUGGAGCUGAUCACGAUCCAGGCCACCAAGGCUGGCUUCACUGGUGGCGUGGUGGUGGAUUUCCCCAACAGCGCCAAGGCAAAGAAGUUCUACCUCUGUUUGUUUUCUGGGCCUUCGACCUUUCUGCCAAAGGCCCUGACCGAAACUGCUGAUGAAGAGGAGGCCACGGAGUCUGCGUUCACGAGUGAGAGGAUCCAGCGCAGGAUGGCGAGGCGCGGGGUGGUGAGGAAGAGCCGUGAGUGGGUGCUGGAGAAGAAGGAGCGUCGCAGGCGGCAGGGCAAGGAGGUCAGACCCGACACCCAGUACACCGGCCGCAAGCGCAAGCCCCGCUUCUAAGCCGUUCGCUCCACGUAACCGGGCAGCUUGGGUCUGCACAGUUGCAAGCGGGCAGUUUUCUCGAAGUGCCUACUUGCAUCCGGUGACAAAACAUUGUUUUAGAAACGUUUUCAAGUUCUAACCGUUUUUCUUUAACAAAAGUUCUAAAAGCAUCUUAUUUUGUUCUAAAAGCAAUAAACCACUUUCUGUGGAA